AUGGAGCUAUUGAGCAUGCAUUUACAAGUGCCCAACUCUUUUUUCCUUGUUUACAUUCAAGUUAUAAUUCUCCCCUGGAUCUCAUGCUUCAACCUGAAAGGUCUUAACUUGCUUGGUUUAGGACAUGCAGCAACUGUAGUCGGAGGAAAUGACACCGAUCUACAAGCUUUACUCCAGUUUAAAGCCAUGAUAACCGGUGACCAACUCAAGGUUAUGAACUCCUGGAAUAGUUCAAUUCACUUCUGCCAGUGGCAUGGCGUUACAUGUGGUCGCAACAAUAGGAGAGUCAUCAAGUUGGAAUUGCAAUUCCUCAAACUCUUGGGAUCUUUAUCUCCAUUCAUUGGAAAUUUGAGCUUUCUCAAGGAGUUGAAUCUUUCGAAUAACAACUUCUACAACCAGAUUCCUCAAGAAAUUGGUCGCUUAAGAAGAUUGGAAACAUUACAACUGUCCAAUAAUUCCAUCACGGGUGAAAUUCCUUCCAAUUUAUCCAGCUGUUCUAAGCUUACAUUUGUCAGAAUGAGAGGCAACCAACUAACAGGAGAAAUACCUGCUUCAUUGGGUCUCUUGUCAAACAUGAAAACCUUGAGUUUUGCCAUCAACAGAUUGAGAGGGGGUAUACCACCUUCGUUUGGGAACUUGUCAUCUCUAGAGGUACUUGAUUUGAGGACUAAUGCAUUGAGUGGGGUUAUACCUGGAGAUAUUGGACGACUGACAAAUCUUUCUUAUUUCUCGGUAGGAGAAAAUGCAAUUUCUGGUAUUAUUCCGGUCGGAAUGUUCAAUCUCUCCAAUAUUAGAAUCUUUAAUAUUGGUGGGAACAAUAUUCAAGGUACUCUUCCUUCUAAUUUAGCAAUCACUAUGCCAUUUAUUGCCUUCUUUUCCGUAUGGGAAAACCAACUCUCAGGAAAAAUCCCGAUUUCUAUAUCCAAUGCCUCGAAUCUCAAUGUACUUCAGCUUCAUAUGAAUAGACUUAUUGGAAACGUCCCUUCCUUUGAGAAGUUGGAUAAACUAUCUAUACUUCUUCUAGGCGCAAAUCAUUUGGGAAAAGGAACAGAAGGUGAUUUGAACUUUCUCUGUAGUUUAGUCAAUAAUACCAAACUAGAAACUCUAGAUAUACGAACAAAUAAUUUUGGAGGGGUACUUCCCGAAUGCAUUAGCAAUUUCUCUAGCAGCCUUCAAUUUUUAGAAAUAGAAAAUAACAAAAUAUUGGGGAGAAUCCCUGAUGGGAUUGGAAAUCUCAUCAAUUUGGAGGUGCUGCAGGUAUCACAAAAUCAACUAUCAGGUCCCAUUCCUCUAAACACCGGGAGGAUUCAGAAGCUAAAUACAUUUGACGCUCGUUAUAAUUUUCUCACUGGGACUAUUCCCUAUUCUAUUGGAAAUUUAACGGGGUUAAUGUUCCUUGCUUUAGGAGUUAACAAUUUUCGGGGCAACAUUCCUUCUAGUCUUGGUAACUGCAAAAAUUUGCUUGUAUUGGGUCUUUCUUACAACAAUCUUAGUGGAUCAAUACCGCCUCAAGUACUUGGACUGUCAUCCUUGUCCAUUUUACUAAACUUAUCAUCAAACUAUUUGACUGGUGAGCUUCCCGUAGAAGUAGAAAAUCUGAAAAAUCCAGGAGAUUUGGAUUUUUCAAAAAAUAAGUUAUCCGGUUUGCUUCCUAGGAGCCUUGGUAGCUGUGUAAGACUAGAGAGGUUGUUCCUUGGUGGUAAUUUGUUUGAAGGACCUAUUCAUUCAUCUUUGAGUUCAUUGAGAGGUCUUGUGGAAUUGGACAUAUCUGAAAAUAAUCUUUCAGGUGGGGUUCCAGAAUUUCUUGUGAAUUUUGGAGCAUUAAAGUAUAUAAAUCUCUCUUUCAAUAAUUUUGAAGGAGUUAUACCAAGUGGAGGUGUCUUUAAGAAUGCCAGUGCUGUAUUUGUUGAGGGAAACAAUAAGCUAUGUGGAGGCAUCCCUGCGUUACAUUUGUCAAGAUGCAACUCGAAAAAAUCAUCAAAGACUUUGUUGAAGUUGGUCAGCAUGAAGCCAACACUCGAUUCCAUACAGGCCAUGAAGACCAAGCAAAGCUGGAACAGAUGCAAGGGCUGCUGA